UGAUCACAACAUCGUACACUCUUCGGUAACUUCGUCGAUUCGUAUCCCGAAAUCGUCCCACAACAACGAUGCAUGUUUGUCGCUUCUGUCUCCGAUGGACGGAACCUACUGUGGACGUAGAAGAUCAGGUGUUACUGGUAAAGAACAUUUUUGGUCUCGAGAUAGAUUGUGCCACCUGGUUUCCUCGGAAUGUGUGUGAAGAGUGCUGUACGCGGCUAGAGCAGUGUGUUCAAUUUUAUGAACAGGUAAUGAAGGCAGAAAGGUCACUCCAGAACCUCCACGAAGGUGGUGUGCUGGAGCCACUGUUGGCCGAACCUAAGGAAAGCGGUGAACCAUUUGGUGGUAUUGAUUUAUCUCCCAAAGAAAAUGCUGAUGAGAGCGAUCCAGCCUACUACGUAAUGGAUGAGAUUGACGAUAAUCAACCGGCUCAGCCGCUGCACGAGGAUCUGGGCGGUGGAUAUAAGGAUUUAAUCGAGGAACCUAUGAGUAUGCUACCAAAAGAGAGGCUGGUAGAAAUUCAGAUUGAAGCUGUUGAAGAACUCGAAAUAGUGUGUGCACCAACGAAGACGAAUGAGGUGCAUUAUCAACAGGAACACCUUUUGCCCUUUGUGCAACAAGUACGUGAAGACAAACAGGUUGGUGGUAUUGAAAAAUCAAGUAACGGAAUGCUGCAUUAUGAAUCAACUAACAAAUCGGAAUCUAGAAUAGUUGAUGAAGAUACCAAAGAAGCUUGUCAAAGCAGGCUUGGUCGUGAAACACGUAGUGCUAAAUCCGCAUCCAACAUGAAAGUGCCAACGGAAAAGAUCGAUAGGAUUCCUAACAAAUGCUUUAUCUGUGAUACGGUGUUUGCAACCGUAACGGAACUACAAAGUCACCUGUACGACCACGAGAAAAUACUGCCCUAUCGUUGUGAUAAAUGCAGCACGGCGGAACAUCCGAUCGAAAUACGUACCAUCAUUUCCCUAAACAAUCAUCUUGAAACGCAUCGUUACAAAUUAGUAUGUAACCGGUGUCCGUUGCGAUUUCGAAGUUAUACCAGCUGGUAUGAGCACAACAAAAAAAGGCAUUCCGAGCUCCGGUCCUACACUUGCAAUUUGUGCGGGAUGAAUUUUGAGGUGAACCGUAAAUAUUUGAAGCACAUGAACGGCCACCGGAAUAAGCAGAUGGGGCGAUACAAAUGUACCACGUGCGCGAAGGUAUUUGAAACCUCAACUGAGCUGAAACGGCACGAGAAGAUUCACUUGAGUCAACCCGUCUUCAAAUGCCCGGACUGUACGCGUGGAUUCAAUCAAGAGUGGAGCCUAAAACUGCAUCAACGAAGGCACCGUCAGCAUAGCGAGGUGUACCGGUGCAUCCAGUGUCCCGGGAAAUAUGCAAAUUUCACCGAUUGGAGACGCCAUAUGAAGGAGCACUUUCCGGAGGAUGAGCGUUACUGGGAGCUGCAAGAUGUGCUGCCUGCCUCGUUGCAGGAUGCGGGCGAGUAUCCGAAGGGUUGCGCUGAACCGGGCUGCACCUACGUGGCCUCCUCGUUGCAGUUGAUGUGGAUGCACUAUCGCACUCACUAUAAGGCGUUUGAGUGUCAGCAUUGUCCUCGGAAGUUCUCAAACACGACGAAUCUACGACAGCACAUCGAUCUGGUUCACCGUGGCUUAAGACCACACGAGUGUGGGAAAUGUGGAAAACGCUUCGGCUACCGCCAUAAGCUGAAGGAACACAUGAACAUGCACGACGGGGUGCGCAACCUACAGUGUAGGUACUGCGAGAAAAGUUUUACCCAUAGCUCGCACUUGACCGUCCACGAGCGGGUGCACACGGGUGCAAAACUGUACAUGUGUGAUCUUUGCGGUCGACGGUUUCGAACGUCAUCGGCAUUCGCGAAGCACCGGUCCCAACAGGAUCAAACCACUGGUGUCCAUGUGGCGAGUACACGUUGUGUACAACAGCAGUUCAAACAGUUGCAACAACAUCAACCGCAGGUUGAUGAGAGCAUCUGAAACAAUGAGCUCAAGCAAGAGGGACAGGAGGUAGAAGGUAAACUUUGUAGACCAAAAACAGAGUCACAGAGACAUACGUUUGUUCUAAAUAAUGAAAAUUGAUACUUAAAAAAAAAGAAAUUUUACCAACUAACUAUAAUUUGUUAUAUCAUAUAACCCUACUAUCGGCAUGAGUAAGGAUAGGUAAAAAAAUCGCAUCGAAAUAUCGGUGGCCAUAU